UAUGAUAAAAUUUUUUUAUCUAUUUUAAAAAUAAGAUUAAAUGAACAAUUCAGUUAGGCAUUGGAGCUCAUCGGUUAAUAAAGCUGUUGUGCAACGGUCAAGUAAUGGAAGUUUUAAUUUAUGCAUUGAAGGUGGUUCUGAAUAUGGCCAAUUCGUUGUAAUUGGAGAUGUUUUAACAGAUAAAGUUCUAUAUAAAACAGGAAGAUUAACUCCUGGUGAGAUAAUUCUUGAAAUUAAUGGAACACAUAUUGCAGGUUACACACAGAGUGAUGGUAUUUCAUUAAUCAGAAAUAGUGGCAAUAUUCUUAGAAUCACUUCGGUUAUUUCAGGUUUUGGAAUUAGCAGAGAUUUAAGAAGAUAUCUUGGAACACGGUUUUCUAAGGGAUCCAUUGACCAUGAACUUCAACAAACAAUUCGAGAUAAUCUUUAUAUGCGCACAGUACCUUGUACAACAAGAAGCCCUCGUGAUGGAGAAGUCCCUGGCGUUGAUUAUGAGUUUCUUUCUGUUAAUGCAUAUCUAGAACUUGAACGUUCUGGUCGUCUUCUUGAAAGUGGUUUUUAUGAAGGCAACUAUUAUGGUACUCCUAAGCCACCAAAAACCCCAAUGACACCAGGUACUGGAACCAUACGAAAACAAAAAGUCCAUAAACCCGAGGAAAAGAAAGAUGAUUUAAAAGAUCCUUUACCAAUUAACUGGGAGAUUGCUUACACAAAAGAUGGCGAGAUGUAUUUUGUUGACCAUAAUACUGGUCGCACUCAGUGGGAAGACCCAAGAAAAGUUAAGCCACCAUCACGACCUUCAGUGUUGCCUCCUGAAGAAAGUUUACCUCCAGGUUGGGAGAAGGUUGAUGAUCCAAAAUAUGGAACUUACUAUAUAGACCAUGUGAAUAGAAAAACACAAUAUGAAAAACCAGAUUUUCCUCAGAAAAAUGGAAAGAUUGACAAUUCCAGAGAAGUUGGACGAAAAAAUUUAAUUAUUGAUACAUCAAAACUACAAGGAGAAACAUUUCGUGUAUCAUUGCGCAAAGGAGCAAAAGGAUUUGGUUUUACAAUUAUAGGUGGUGAGCAACCUGGUGAAGUACUCCAAGUUAACAAUAUUGUCCGGGGUGGAACUGCAGAUUUAGAUGGUCAUUUGCGUACAGGGGAUAUCAUUAUGCGACUAAAUGGUAGAAAUGUUCUUAACUGGACACACUCUGAUAUAAUUCGAUUUCUUCAAGGAACCAGGGUUGGUGAAACUGUUGAAAUGGAUCUUGUUCGUGGUUAUGAACUUCCUUUUAAUUCAGAAGGUCCUGAAGUACAAAAGUUGACCAGUGGUAUAAGUCAAUUACAAAAUGGCAACAAAAGUAUGUUGGACAAUAACCAGCUCAAUGAAAAGAGCAUGCGAUUUGACAAUAAUUCUGGUUAUUUAUCAGAUGGUGGCGGAAGUCGCUCUGGGGCUGCUACUCCUGUUGCAUUUCGAAGUGGUCCUCCACAAUACAUUGUUGUUCCAGUAGUUCGCGGUCCAAAUGGGUUUGGUUUUACAAUUGCUGAUUCGCCUUAUGGUCAGCGUGUUAAAGACUUAGUUGAUCAGCGAAGGUGUCAAGGUUUACAACAAGGCGAUGUAAUAAUUCAAAUCAACAAUUCAGUUGUUCACAAUCUAGAUCAUUCAGAAGUUGUAGAAGUUUUGAAAUCGUGUCCUCGUGGUAUACCUACAAAUUUUCAAGUUCAACGUUCUGGCAUUUUAUCUGUUGUUAAAUCAAUGCCAAGUACUAUUGGAAAAAUGGAGCGACCAAAGUCUAUGCCUGCACUAGAUGAAGAUGUAUCUUUAGCACCUGGUUUACGCAGUACAACAAGCAUGGGUGUCAUAUCAACAAAUGGACAGGCAUCAACAGCUUUAUCAACUUAUGAGGAACGAACUCAUCCUCAAAUAUCAGAAAGCGGUGAUGGCUACAAAUCAUUAAAAAGAGCUGUUCAAGGCAAUGCAAGGAAAACUGAACCAGAAGUGGAACUCCCUUCAAUAUAUAAAGAUUAUGUUGUAACCCUAAAGAGAGGGCCUGGUGGAUUCGGUUUUAGAAUUGUUGGUGGACAAGAAGAGAAAACACAAGUUUGCAUUGAUACCAUUGUAGAGAACGGAGCAGCUGAACAAGAUGGUCGCUUACGUCCAGGUGAUAUCAUUCUUGCUGUUGAUGGAGUAAAUGUUGUUGAUGCGAGUCAUAAAAAAGUUAUCACAUUAAUGGGAAAUGCUGGUUUAAAUGGACAAGUUACUUUGCGACUGCGAAGAAAAAAUGAAAGUUCUAAUAAUAUAGAAGAUUACAAAAAAAGCCUACCUCGACUUCAAGAUUUAGAGCGAGCUAGAUCAGACAAUGAAAGCGUUCACUCUGAUAAAGUGGAAGAGUGGCUUGAAGAUCAGCAUAAUCCACGUAACGCAUACAGAAAUUCACAACCUAUGGCCAAUAUACAAUCAGUUAGCAAUCGAAGCAAGAGUGAAAUGAAUUUAUCGACCAAGCCUGCUGUACCAGUUGUUACGACAAAAUUGCAAAAAGAAAAAAUAAUUAAUUUGUCACGCACCCAAAAUGAAGGUUUUGGAUUUGUAAUUAUGUCAUCACCAUCUUCAAAUGAUUCAGUCAUAGGUCGAAUUAUACCUGGUAGUCCAUCUGAUAGAUGUGGUGAACUUCAUGUUAAUGACGUUUUAAUUUCUGUAAAUGACACUGAUGUAAGCACAUUAAGUCACAGUGAAAUUGUUUCUAUGGUGAAAAGUUCAGGUUUGCAUGUAAAACUUGUGGUUACUCCAGCUAAUACUCAGUCAAAUAAUCCAUCUGAUGAGGUGCCACCAUGUCCAGCUAAACCACAAUAUUAUGACGAUGCACCACCUCGUCCUGCUGAACCCCGAAAUUAUACACCAUCAGCUAUUAAAAAUAACGAUCAAUUAAAAAAUAAAGAGCAGGAGCGAGAUUAUAUUCAACAAGUUCGUGAGAAAGAGUCUCAACAACCAAAUCGCCCAAAGUCUGCACCAUUGACCUCGUACAACAAUGAAAAAGAUAUUACAGACAGCAAAUGUGUCACAGCUUCUUCAAAAGCAUUCUUGCCUUCUGAUGAGAGUGAUGCUGAAGAAAAAACUGCAAAAACAGAAACAUUUUCGGUGGUGCUAAAAAAAGGUGAAACUGGUUUUGGUUUUAGCAUUAAAGGCGGAGAAGGCGUACCGAUUUCCAUUUUAAGACUUGCCGAAAACGGUGCUGCUUGGAAUGAUGGAAGAUUAAAGGUUGGAGAUGAAAUAUUGGAAAUUAAUAACGCUGAUUCAGAAGUGAUGUCACAUUCGCAAGCUGUCAAUGCAAUACGAAAUUCAGGAAAAUCGUGUGAGCUCUUAAUUAGAAGACAUAUAAAGUCAAAAGAAUCAGAAACUGUUCGACCUCGUGUUGAGUAUUACUGAGCCUCGAUUUUGUGCGAAGUGUUGUUAAGCCUCGAUCUUAUGUCAUAAACGAACUCUAUAAUCUUGGUAAAAAAACAUGACUUGUUACUUCUAAAGUAAAAUGAAGAUUAAACAACUUGUGUUCGAGUUGUAACUUUAAAACAUUUCUUUGAUGACAGCUUUUAGGAACCUUUAGGAAUUAACCUUUAGGAAGUAACCUUUAGGAUUAUUUUUUUUAAAUCAAUGUUUUAAUAUUCAUAGAUUGAAAGUUUUUUUUUUAUUAUUCUGUUUAUAAGGAAUUAUAAUAACGAUUUGCAUGGUCUUGAAUUUAUGAGUGUAAAAAUCAAUUUUUCUAAUUUUUUUUUUUAACUUUUUAUAAAUGUGCGAAACUAGGUGAUGUAUUUUUUAACUUUUUACUUAAUGAUUUGGUAUUUAUUUUCUUUUAUUUAAAUUUUGUAAUUUUUAGAAUCAACCAUCAUUUUAUCUUUGUUUAAGCCUUUUUUUAAAAUAAUAAUCGGAAGGAAGGACAUUGACGUUUUACUUCCGAAGAAUGCUUCUCGAAUA